UUCGUAAUAUGUAAACAAAAGGGUUUAUUACGUGAAUUGUCAGAGGAAUUGUAUUUAAUAUAAUUAUGUAGUAUCAAGACAUUGAAAAACGUUGUCCGUGUGCCAAAAUAAAUUAUUAUCGCAGUGCCUUGACCUUCUACUUCACUGUGGAACAAGCAUUCGUAAUACGGCAUUGCGCAGCCCUAGUUUGUCAAUUUUCACCUCAAACAUCGUCAAAACUACCUAAAAGAACACAGUGAUUCCUUUCCUCGUCCCAUAGUUUACAAAUAAGUUUAUUAAAAAUGCCGUAACAUUAAAAAUUCUAUUAAAAUGAAAACAGUGCGUACGAUGGCAUCAUUUGCAGCGCAAGCUGCGCUCAGAUCACGGUGGAGCUCGUUAAUAGAGUCAACGAGUGUUGAUGUACCAGGAGAGGUCACGGAUGGAGUCCGUUCCGUUGUCGGAUGGCUAAAACAGGCAUCACUGGAGGUGAGGCAGGUGGGCAGGCGGGCAGUCAGUCAGUUGGCCGGGCGAGGGAUGGGCGACGAUGUACUCAUUAUACACUACAACGAUGUCUACAACAUCGAACAGACUACGAAUACGGAGCCAGUGGGCGGUGCCCUGAGAUUCAGUACGGCAGUGAAGGCGUUGCAGCAUCUGAACCCCCUCGUAUUAUUUAGCGGCGAUGCCUUCUCUCCUAGUAUGUUAAGCACAUUCACAAAAGGCGAACAAAUGGUACCAGUUUUGAAUGAAAUCGGCACGCAUUGUGCAGUAUUCGGGAACCAUGAUUUUGAUUUCGGUCUGGAUGUCUUAUCGAACCUAGUCGCCCAAUGCAACUUUCCCUGGCUCAUGUCAAAUGUGAUAGACAACGAAACUGGGCGGCCUCUAGGUGACGGCAAAAUCACACAUGCCUUACUUUGCAAUGGACAUAAGAUAGGACUCAUUGGGCUAGUAGAACAGGAAUGGUUAGACACUCUGGCAACAAUCAACCCCGAAGAGGUGACGUUCAUAGACUUCCUACAGGCGGGAAAUAAGCUAGCGUCACAGUUGAAACAAGAGGGUUGUGAAUACGUCAUAGCGCUGACACAUAUGAGGACGCCUAAUGACAUCAAAUUGGCAGAGGGCUGCAAUGAGAUUGAUCUUAUAUUGGGAGGGCACGACCACGUCUAUGAAGUUUUAGAGGUAAACAACAAAUACAUAGUUAAAAGCGGCACCGACUUCCGCCAGUUCAGCAAAAUCAACAUCAAUUUCGGUUCAGACAUCGCGCGCGUAGAGAUAACGGACGUCGCUGUGAGCAGUUCGUACGCUGAAGACCCCGUGCUCAAGUCCAAAGUUGAAAAGUAUUCUGCCAUGAUAGACGGCAAGAUGGACGAAGUUCUGGGCAAGUUCUGCGUGCCUCUAGAAGGAAGGUUCUCCGUGGUGAGACGCCAAGAGUGCAACCUGGGCAACUGGGUUUGUGAUGUACUUCUAGCUGCCACGGGCGCCGACCUUCUGCUGCUCAACUCAGGGACCUUCCGAUCUGAUCAGGUACACCCAGCGGGAGACUUCACCCUGCGCGACCUGUCCACGAUAAUCCCCAUGCGGGACCCAAUCGUGGUGGUGGAAGCGAGUGGGGAGACCGUCAUCAAGGUUCUGGAGAACGCUGUCUCCAAGUAUCCCAGUUUGGAGGGCAGGUUUCCUCAGGUAGCCGGCGUAUCGUUCGCUUUCGACCCCAGCAAACCCCCGGGGGAGAGGGUGGCGGAGCAAGUGAUCAAGAUAGGGGAUGAAUACUUGCAAAAGGACCAGAAAUACCGGCUGGCGAUCAAGCAGUACCUACAUUCUGGCAACGAUGGGUUCACUAUGCUACGCCAGUGUCCCGUGUUGGUAUCGGAAGAUAUGUGCCCAGAGAUCGGGAUGGCGAUACAGAACCACUUCGCGGCGAUCAACGUGCGAACGGGCAAGUCGCGCCCAUCCAAACACAGGCAGUCGCUGGUUACGCUUAGUCGAAGACAUAGUCUGGUGAAGAUGUUGGACAACAGCGAAUUGGACGGUCCACCACCACUCCGAAGAGCGUCUUCGGUUUCCGUUGAGCCACAUAUCACUCACCACAGGUUAACCCGUCGCGCGUCUCUAGACGACCUGGAGCAAAACGCGUGUGAGUUGGCCCCUAAGAUUGAGAACAGAAUUAUCAUUCUUGAUAAGCCAGAGAAACUUCAAGAGCUAUUAGCUGAAAGGGCGCGAUGGGAGUCAGACUCCGUGAUAAAGGAAGUGGACGACGAGAGCUCGCCGUAAAAACAUUACUCUCCCCGGCAGAGUCGGGCAAAAUUACCAUAGCGUAUUAUACCGUCGAGAUUUCAUUUAAACAUUGUAUAUUUUUAGCUUAUUUAUAUAAGUAUUAGGUAUUAAGUACAUAAGACAAAAUACAGGGUGUUACCAGAACGCUGGCAAAAACUUAGCGUGUAACUUAACCAAUGCCAAUAACCAUUUGCCUUAUAUUGUAAUUUUAGUGAGGUAUUUUUCAAACCCGCAUUGUAAAGCGUGCAAAACGCGGGUCAAUGCCCCGCCUUUCGACCGGCAUUGACUUAAUUUACGGAACAUUCAACGCUAGAGGUCAACAACAUUGACAUCUAACGUCAGUCAGAUGUUUUAUUUGCAAUAUUAUUAUGUUAUCAUAUAAAAAUACAAAAAAU